UCAGUCAGCGCAGGGGCGGACUCUGUGCGCGCCUCCGAGUGUCCGGUUACGCGUGAGUUGUCACGUGACACGUCCUAUCAACAUACCGUCGCCAUUGUUGGCGUCGAAAAAGAGACUGGAUUUGUACAGAAACGGGAAAUAACCAUGGAUUCAAAAUCAAGAUCUCCAUUUGGUCAGUCCAGGUCUUCAUCUCCACCCUCCAGUUUAUCUUCCAGUACGUCCCCACUGGUGGCCAGCCGAUUAUAUUCUACCCGUGGGAGUGUCCUUAAUAAUGACUGCUAUUCAAGGAGCACCUCUGUGAAACUAGAUUCAGAUUAUCAGGGCUCUAGGCUCCAUAGAUCUUCCAGAGAUUGCACAUUUCCAGAAACCUGUCAUUCUAGUUGGAAACUGUCGUCCUCAUCUUCAGCACUUUCCUCUGGAUCACGCAAUCACUCUUGGUCAGAGACUUCACCAGGGAGCAGAAGCAAACUGGUUGAUACUGAGAGGUAUCCAGGGUCAUACCAUGGAUUGCUUAGCCCAUCACAGGAUUGUGACUCUAAAAGACCAAAGCUGUCUUAUGCAAGUACUUCAUCCUACUUAAGGAGCCCAUCUACCUCUGGUGUUAGCCCAUGUGCUGGUAUAAAUGAUUCAUCAUGGAGAUACAACACAGUCCCAAAAAUUGAAUCUCAAAAUGCUGAUUUAGGCCGAUCAAGGAGGGAGUUUGGUAAAAAGCUAGAUCAGAGUUUCUCAGGCACUGGAGAUUAUACUCGCAGAAAUGGUGUCUUAUUGUCAUCUACAUCCACUGCUUCUGGUUUUCAGGAUAGAACAGUGGCUUCUUAUGCACAAGGAGCAAGACCUAAAGAGUCAUCGCUCACAUCUGUUAGGGCAAAUGCUUCCACUGGAAACUCCAGUUUAUCAUCGGACAUUCAGUCUUCAUUAUACUCCAGGGAAAUGACCAGAAGUUCCACAAGAGCUGUUAAUUCUGCCUCAGGAAGAAAUACAGAAUUAUCACAAAGAACACCUGUUUCAGAUAGUAGAUAUGGUAGAACUUGUUCUUGGUACACUCCAGGUGGUGAAAGAAGUGCUUCCUCAUCCUCAUCUUCCUCCUCCUCCUCCUCCACUUCCCCUUCCUCCCCAUUACCCAUGGGACAUCAGAGGCAGUUUAGAGAGUCAGCUGAUCCUGAUGGAAGGCGCACAACAAGGCAAUUACUUUCUCGCCUAGCUUCAAGCAUGUCUUCUACCUUCUUCUCAAGAAGAUCAAGUCAGGACUCUUCAGCAUCCAGGAGCACUUCAUCUGUAUCUGAAGAUGCAUCUGUUUCAAGAGUUCAUGUUACUUCACCCAGCACGGAGCGCAGGAAUAGUAGUCCUGACAUAUCUGAAAGAAGAACUUCAGAUACCUCUCCCGGUCUCUCGUUUUUUAGACGCAACAGGCAAGGUUUAUCCCCUGUUCAUGAAACACUCAAUUCAGUUUCCGAUCCUGAAAUUUUAACGUCAGCUUCUUCAGAAAACAGAAAUUCUAAUUCCUGGAUAUCCUCUUCACUCAGAAAUCGAUACACUCCUCUUUUUUCUAGAAGGAGGAGAGAGGGAAGAGAUGAGACUGCACAAAUGACUGGUGAAUCAUCUGACAGUUAUGAAAGUCCUUUAUAUCGAGUGGGUAGGAGAGAGAGUUCUGAAUACAAAGUUCCUGAUGGAGAGGAAGACCCUGAAUCAAAUGGAGAAGCAUCUUCUACUGCUCCAGCCUCUAGCACUACUGCCUCAAGUGAAGAUGUUCCUAGAGUUGGAAGAAGUCUCAGGAUUCCUGACUCAUUCUUUCGACUAGCUAUGCCAUCAAACCUUGACAGUACUUUACCUGAAAAUGUAAUGAUAACAGUGGACAUUCUGGCUGGAAACAGACCUGAGGGCCAGUCACAAAAUGAAAGUUCUAUGGCAUCAAGAGAUCCAGAAAAAUUAAAGAAGAUUCAGGAGAGUCUUCUGUUAGAAGAUUCAGAUGAAGAAGAAGGAGAUCUAUGCCGAAUCUGUCAGAUGGGUGUUGCUUCCCCGUCAAAUCCUUUGAUUGAGCCUUGCCGUUGCACUGGUAGUUUGCAGUAUGUACAUCAAGAAUGCAUGAAGAAAUGGCUACAAGCCAAAAUAAACUCAGGGUCAAGCUUGGAAGCCAUAACAACCUGUGAACUCUGUAAAGAGAAGCUCCAUUUAAAUAUCGAAAACUUUGAUAUUGAUGAACUGUACAGAACACGUGCAAAUGAAAGGGCCGAGUAUGAAUUCAUCAGCUGUGGGCUCUACCUUGUUGUCCUGCUUCAUUUAUGUGAGCAGCGGUUUUCAGACAUGUUGGGAGCAGCCAAUGAGGCAAGUGCUCAUGCUGGGUUUAUCAACCUCGCAAGGACUCUUCAUGAGCACAUGGAUGAUCUUGAAAGCUCUUAUGAAGAAUCGGAAGAGGAGGCUGACAGCCGACCAUCUUUUGAUUUUGACGAAGAGGAGGAAGAGGGAGAAUACUGAAAGAAGUGAUAAGAUUUUCAACUCACCGUUACCUGCCAGUUUUCAACUAAUUAUGACAAAGCUAUGUAUCAAGUGUUAAAUUGGCAACAGUGCUUUUUGUUUAUUCAGAUAUUUUGAUUUAAAAUAUUAAUUUAAGAUAUUCUAACUUUUCUUCUUUUGACUAACUGCAGGACUGGUUUUUAAGCUAAUGCUCCAAGGUAUUUAUCUUGAAAGCUGUUAGCGGAUGAUCGCCAGCAGUACUCAUUUGAAACUCAGUUGCUUGUUAACUUUUUCUUUCUUUUGCUUUGCGAGCUUCAACUUUGUUUCAUGUCAAUUAUGACGACUGCAUUUUUUGAUUCAUUUGAUUCUGUAAUUUUGGGUUUUGCUUUGGAGCCGUUUUGUGCAAUGAAUGCUUCUGACGACUUGCACACUCUGGGCGUGAAGAGGCCGCUGCCUACUGCCCUUCUCUUGCUGUGCCUGGAGGGCUCACGUAAUCCUACUGGUGCAGAGCAAUCAAGCCUAGGAACGAACGAACGAACACACACGCGUAUCUUUUUCAAUGAUUUCUAAAGAAAAUGCCUUAUUUACUAAAGGUAUUGUUAAAGAUGUAAUUUGGCACUAGUGUACAACUUUUUUCCUAAGCUGCAAACCUUUAAAAGCAGUUUUAAACAAAUUUGUUUUUUUUUUUUAAAUAUUUUUAAAAUUGUAUCCUGCAUGGCCACUGACUGUACAAAACACGAUUUUUUUGGUUUUUGUGUAGCUGGUUUAGAAAGAUGCAUUGUUGAUGUACGAUUAUACUCAUGUGCUGAAAUAUCCAAGGAGAUAAUGACCCCCCCACACGCUGCAGAUGGGGUGCAAUGGUGGGCUAAAGUGCUGCACCGAUCUGAAUUUAAUGAGUCCGAGAUACUAAGAUGUUUGUAUUUGGAUUGAUAUUAAGAUUUGAUUUAAAAUGUACCAAAAUAAUAAAAUGUUGUUGAAUAAUUCUUGCA